AUGCAUAAUGAAACAUCUGACUUUCUUCUCUUGGAAUUCUCAAAGACUUGGGAGCUACAGAUUAUGCAUGCAGCUUUAUUACUGAUAAUGUAUUUAAUGACAGUAACAGGGAACCUGCUCAUCAUCUCUGCUAUUAUUUUUGACCACCAUCUUCACACCCCCAUGUACUUCCUCCUGAUGACCUUAGCAAUGCAAGACAUUGGUUCUGUUUCCAUCAUUCUCCCCAAAGCUGUUUUUAAUUCUCUUAUGAAUAUAAGGAUUAUUUCUCAUUCUGGAUGUGUUGCCCAAGUCCUCUUCUUCCUCUUUUUCACAGUAUGUGAUGUUUCCCUCCUUACAGUCAUGGCUUAUGAUCGGUAUAUUGCCAUUUGUAAUCCAUUACGAUAUGAAAUGAUAAUGAACAGGAAGGCCUGCACCAAAAUGGUUGGCAGUGCAUGGACUGCCAGCUUUCUCAAUGCUAUAUUACACACUACUGCAACAUUCACUAUUCCUUUCUGCUCUAAUAUUAUCAAUCAGUUCUACUGUGAAGUCCCAUAUUUACUCAAGAUUGCCUGCCCUGGUUUAUAUGGAGUUGAAAUCGGAAUGGUAAUGUUCAGUUCUACAUUAGCAUUUGGUUGUUUUGUCUUUGUUAUUGUUACUUAUGUGCAGAUAUGCUCUGCUGUAUUGAGAAUUCCUUCUGUUCAAGGAAGGAAGAAAUCCUUUUCUACUUGUCUACCACACCUUGUUGUCUUCUCCCUAUUUUUGUUUACUGCUUGCUUUGCUUACCUAAGGCCCAUAUCUGACAGCCCAUCCCCUCCUGACUUCAUAAUUACAAUUAUGUAUUCCAUUAUUCCAUCCAUGUUGAAUCCAUUAAUCUAUAGCAUGAGAAACAAGAAAAUCAAAGCUGCUUUUUCAAGAUUUGUUGGUCUGAGAUUAUGUCAUUUUAAAGAAGUAUGA